UUGCUUGGCUGCAAGAAGGUCUUUGGUUCGAGUCCCGACUUGGUAUUCUGCACGAGUCUCCUCCAAUCAGCUCCAAGAAUCAUCCCUCCAACUCCAAAGUCUCUGACCGCAGCUUUUCUCCCGGCCAGCAGUCGGCAGUAGUUUGGAGUCAAACUGGGAGGAGAAGAAGAAGAAGAAGAAGAACCGCUGACGUUCUCCAGGUUCAUCCGUAUAAGGCCUAAUGAGCGUGUUUUUAUCCGGAUUGAUCUCGUUUGGAAAAACUUGAAGAUCUGGAGUUUACUUACAUCAUGUCUCGAUCCACCCAGAACCAGAAUGGACCAUCAGUAAAAAAUAUUCCCAAGGAAUUUUCUAAUCCUGGAACUGCAUCCAGGUUGACUUUUUCUGGUUCUUCAUCUCUUGACAACUACCUGCCAGCUCAAAACACACCUGAAUCGGAUAAUAAUAAGUUGGUAGACCGUGUCAAACAUGUGGAACAUCGUGAUAUGAACUGGAAGACUUACUUUAAUGAAAUUAAUGAAUUUCCUUCCUCCUCUGCAAGGCCAUCAGCAUCCCAUGUAGGUCCUGAUUUUGGUAAUUUCUCCUUGGACUGGCUCCACAUUUUCAAACCAAAUACUAACAACAAACCACCAGAGUUUCUGUCUGGUUCUGAUGGCAGACUGGAGGUUGUGUCUGGUGAACAGAAAGACGACAUGCCGUCCAUUCCAGAGUCAGGAGACGAUGAAAACCCAGUUCCAGGCAGAUUUAUUUUCUCGUCUGAGAUCAGUCAUCUAAAACAUACAGGAGAACCAGUCGCUGCGAUUCUUCAGAGCUUCGGCCUCGAAGACGGAUUGAAAAAACUCGACCCCCACAUUUUGAAGCAAGUCAAGCCUGCAGAACUGUCCUGCGUAUUGCAUUCGAUAUUUAGCAAGAUAGAAAUAAAAGGAAAGUCUUCUGAACCCCAACCUAAACUAAAAAGUAUCCUGAAGCCAAGCAAACUGAGGGACUCUAGUUAUGUGGAUGUAGAAAAGAACAAUGGUUGGAUUGUAGAUGAGUUACCACCAGAUAAAGAAAGUACAUCGGCGUUAGUCUCAGAGAAGACAUCUUUGGCUAUAACAGAUAUUGAUCCACCUGAGCGAUUAAAGGAAAAGGACGCAAUAUCUGCCACACAUACUGUCAUUUCUAACAGUAACGCUGAAAACAGACAGAAAACAACUGAAAAGCAGAGGCCAAAGCAGCAUAAAAAUGUGAAACGGAAAUCAGAAUGGAAGCUGGACGAGCAUCGACAGAACAAGCCAGCGAAAAAGUCUGAGAAAGGUUCUUCUGUCAAAUCGCCACUCAGCAAAAAUUGUAAAGUCCAGAUGUCGAUUUUAAGCAAACUGCCGUCGAUAGUCCGGGAGUGGGUGUUGAAGCAAAUGAAAAUGUCGGAGGGCAAGCAGCCGACGAUUGCCAUGAUCGAAGACUAUAACGGCGUCACGCCGAGGUUGUUUCCCCACCGGUGUUCCCUCUGCGAUGUAAUCUGUAAAAAAUUGAGGCAUUGGUUCCUCCACCUGAAUGAAACGAACCACAUUGGGAACCGGAUUCUCCUGCAGCUGAAAUAUCCUGAAUGGGUCGCUAAGAUCCAACCGCUUCCCAGAAAAAAUGAAAAGAAGUCGCUUGCAGAUUCUAAGAGUUUGAAACAGCAAAAAGUAAAAGUUGAUGGUCGCAACAACGAGUCCAACAACCUGCGGGAUCAGCAGAGUCAGAGGUCACGAUCUUGGUCCCGCAGUCCAGGGUCUAGUCAAAGACCGAUGGGAAAAUGCCACAGGUCCAUCCCGGUCAGCUCCUCUGGAGAUAAAGAAGAACAGCGAUCCAGAACCGACCGGUCUGUAAGGGGGAAGGCUGAUCCAGAACCAGAAACUCCUGGCAGGUAUACUCCAGAAUCAGCUGCCGAAGUCCUAAACAUGUUUGGACUGGACAAAGAGGACCUAAAAGAACUAGAGUCAUACCCUGAGGAUCAGCUGACUUCUGAAAAUCUACAUCUGGUUUUACGUGAGAUUUUCUUGCGGAAGAAGAAACGAGCUGCUGAAAACCCUCCCGAACCCAAAAACGACGGACCCAGAGGUCGGGAUAAAACGCCUCCUGGUUCUCUGAAGCCAGUUAAAGUGAUUGACUACAGACGUUCUGCUAAAUAUGAUAUUGUUAGCAACACGACAGAAACGACCACUGAGGAUGAUCCAAGUCCCACUGGUAGGAAAGAGUCACCACUGGAAAAGUGCGACAAACCAACACAGGAAGACACCCAGCUGCCCAAGUCUGAAAGAGUUAUUCCUCAAUCUACUCUGAAGCAGAUGUCCAAAUCCAAAAAUCCCAGCAGUUCAAUGGUUAAAGAUCAAGAAAAAAGAGUGCAAGUCUUGAAGAAGAAAGCUAAACUGAAGCAUAACAUUAAAGCAACAUGUAAAACUAGGAAAGCUUUACCAUGUGCUGUUUCAUAUGCAAAACUGUCUCCAAUCAAAGUGCCGCCUGUGAAGACCUUAAUUUCCAACCAUCUUCCAACACUCGCCAUGAUUAAAGACUAUAUAGCAGCCGCGCCGUCAAGGUUCCCACACACCUGCUCCAUCUGUAACAAGAAGUGCUUCCACACGGAGGACUGGCUGUCACACCAGAACUCCAGCUUUCACCUGGAGAGCUGCACAAUCCUCCGGACACAAUAUCCACAUUGGGAUGGGGAUGUUCUACCAAUCCUCAGUGCUGAAGCUGAAAGUCCAUCGACAUUCAGUUCCAUCGACAGAAACCUCCAUCAGUAUUACGGCUCAGAGGGUCGAAGGAGCAACUCCCGCUCCCGUUCUCGGUCCCAGUCUCGGUCCAGCUCCCAGUAUCGGUCCCAGUAUCGGUCUCGGUCCCGCUCCCGGUCUCGGUGCCGCUCUCGGUCCAGAUCACCUUAUAACCAUAGAUACACCCGCAGGUCUCGUCCUCCUUCCUGGUCUCCACGUCUCAAAAAGCCGUCCUCCCUUCCCUGUCGCUCACAUUCAGGGAGUCGUGAGAGACGGUCGUCCUCCGGGAGGAAAGACGGGAAACCGUCUUCAUCACCCAGAGUGAGCAACAAGAAACAGAAGCUAGAUCACGAGAGCCGAUUGUCCAAAGAGAGUUCAGGUCCUCGUGAGAAAUUAUGAGGAAGGAAUCUUCUACAAAAAUCAGCGGCGCUUGACAGGUUUUGUUCGACAUACUCUCCGCCAUCCUGCAGUGAUGCCAAGCUGGAGCAAGCGAAGGAGUUGGACACGAAGCCCUAUAGUAAAGGGAAGAAUAGUUCUGGCAAAUCUGUGAUCGGUGUUGAGGGGAAGGAUUAAUACAGUUAUUUUUGUGUUUUAUAACAAAGAGUUUAAUAAAAUAUGUGUGUAAGGA